AUGACGCUGAACGAGCACAACCGAAGCGCAACGGUAUGGGUCUAACUUAUGGUUGAAAUGAGCAGUUCAGAGACAAGUCUCCCAGUAAGCCAGAGAAGGCAGCGGGCCUGUAGCAUUUGGUGAGUGGUUAGGUAAGUAGAAUUUAGUCAGAACAGUAGCCUGGAAACAGGACCACGAGGAAACAGGUAAGAGACAGCAAAAUGGCAACUUGACUGGAAGUAGUCACACUCAACUCGCCAGACCAACAACUGUAAAAUGGCAGAGGAUUUUUUUAAUCCCUUAUAAAGGGAACCCAAGCCCCUCCUACAACUACAGGCCCAGCCUUAAAUAUAUAUAAAACCAAAAACAAUAUGGUGGGGAAAAAUUGUGAUUGGAAACCCCUUCCUCCUGAAGUUUAUGGAUAGUCAAUACAAUGUUAAACAAAAAUCUGCACACCAGUCAAGCCAUAAUACUUGUUUUUCUAAUAAAAAUCACACAUUUGCAGUGAUGUUACUACUGCAAAGGAUUCUGGGUGGGCAUAUGCAAAUUAGUCCAACAAAGAAUCACAUUUUUGACUUAUUCCAUUUUAAACAUUCCUUUGAGUCUGUGUUUGCUGUAUACAACAGCUUUGAAAUACAACUUAGAAGAAGAUGCAAAGCCAGUUUUACAGCUGUAAUGCAACUAUUAAGACAUCCGUCGUUAAAACAGGAUUUGUUAUGUGGGCUUUUUUUCUAUUUUUGUCUCAUAUAUUUUUUAUCAAGAAGUCUGACUAUUGUAUUAGGUAAAGGAUAAGGAUAAAUGUUUUAACAUAAGUUUACAUAUUUUUGUUACUGUUGGACAGUCACUAAAGAAACCCCAAUGCUAAUAGAUAACUUGGGCAUCCCUCAACGAUAUUGAUGCAGGGGGCAAUGUUAAUUAGGACUGGGUAACAUCACCUAGCAAGCUGUUCAAGGGAGAGGGAUCGUCAAAAGACAAGGCUAGGAGUAACCAGGCACUAAAUUAUUGGGGUGGAGUUGCUUUUGCUACAGUAAUUGGUUGAGCAACCAUGGCACUGGAUGGUGGGGGUGGGUAGCACAUUAUAUUGCCAUAAGUCUAGUCAUCCACUUUUGGGGCUCAUAUUAUUUUUGCUGGGAGACUGGCCAAGCUCUUCAGUGUUCUGAUCUUUUUAGAACUAAUUUGUAGAAGUCCCAGUACUUACUCAGUUGUGAUUACAUUUAAAGACUAAUCGUUGAAUUUGCCUCUAAAUAGCAUUUUCUAAAUAAUCAUUGUGGGUCAGGGAUUUCCCAAAAUUUGGAGGUAUAUGGGACCUCAGUGAUUAGUAACUUCUGAAAUUUAUUCUCUUGCAGGUAGAGGACUGGCUUCAUCACAAGGAUUACCUGAUCUCUACCUUUGUUUUGGAUACAUUUACAAACAUUCUUGCUAUAUUUGAAACAAUACAUUUCAGAAGUAUGCAUUUUAUUUAAGCAUCUUUAAUUAAAAAUACAAUCCGGCAGCCCUAUUAUUAGAUUAUACCAUGUUUUCUGCAACACACACAUCACUUGCUCAUGCUGAUGUGCUGCACAGGAAAAGUGCUACCCUGUAGUUUGACUCAUUUAGAAAUUAAGGUAGGAAGGAAAUUGAUUAAGUUCAGUUGGGACACUUUCUUGUUUAAUGCAUUGCUUUCCUUUCUGCAGCAUUUCAGGCACUUUUUGUUUAACAUCAAUAUCAGAGAAAUAUAUGACCAAGGUAUAAUGAUACCUUAUCUACCUACAUAUCACUUUUGUUCUAUGUUUGUAUGAUGCAUGUCACACUGACAGGUGGGUGGGAGUGGUCCAUUUUUAGAGGUGUUUUAAUUAGCAAACCUUUACACUCUGUUUUGUUUAGGAGGAGCGAAUGCUAACCGGAUUGUUAGACUGAUCUGGUCCAUUCCAAAAAUGAGUCCCCGAUCUUUUUGGAUGAGAUGCAUUCAUGUCACGUUUAUGAUAAAUAUGCUAAACUGUGUUCCUGUGCUUCUGCCAAGUAAGUAACAUAGUAUGACUUUUUUCCUAAUCAUUUUAAAUUCUGUAUAAUUUACCACUGAUCUACACAUAUGUAGGAUAAUUUGUUAAAGUGUGAUUUGUCAGGAAUUUUCAAGUGAAUUUCAAACUUGAGGCAAAAAUAACCAAGUUUAAAACCUAGAUGUCUUGAAAUUUUUUUUUUGCCAAAAUCUUGGAAAUUCCUAAAUUGCUGACCCUUGACGGUUUAUGUUUGGGUUUUUCAUGAAACUAAAUGUAGUGAAUUGAGACCUGAAUUUCAUAACUAAGGCUAAAAUAGUCCAGCGGUAGCUACAGUUGAGUUAAAGAAUAUUUACUAAUCGAAGAGUCUGUUUUGCCAUUAACUUUGACAUUUUCUAUAAUUUGGUCCUCAAUUUAUUUAAAGCUCUUGGAAAAGCAUUUCAUAUUCUCACAAUCUGUUAGGAAAAUGUUUCAAAUGGUUUACCUACAGAUAUCCCCAGUAACGUCUGUGGGAAUUUUAGAAGGUAAAUAAUUUGAAUUCUCUUUUUAUUUUUUAUUUUUUACAGAUUGUGAUCAUUUGAAAAGUUAAGAUCUUGGAGUCCAUUGAAUAACCACUUGUAAGUUGUAAACCAUCAUGCAGCAUCAAGUAGUCAAGAAAAUGCUUAUCAAUUACACUUUUUUUUUAAUUUCACGUAUAUGGUUUUUGGUUGUUUAAAUAAAGACCGCUUAAUUGUUCCUUCUUGUGAAACUUGAUACCUCGACUAAAACACAAAAAAUUGCUUCAUUUAACAAACACUAUAAAACCUCUCUAUGUAUAAAGGUGUCGUUCUACCCCCCAUGUCUUUUUUAAGGAUAUAGGUAGGUUCCCUUACCUCUCUGCCUCCAGCAAUGUCAUGUAGGAAGCGUGGCCUCCUCUGUAAUGUUGCAAUAUUGUGUGCAUUCAGGUUUUACUUGGUCAGUUCCACGAAAGUGCCUCUACCAAUCUGCCACUGAAAGUAGAUUUAACCCUGCAAUGUAAACAUUAUUUUCUUAAAACAAAAUAUAUAUAUAUAUAUAUAUAUAUAUAUAUAUAUAUAUAUAUAUAUAUUAAAGAUUUAGCAAGUGACAUCACAAUCCAUUUAUUAGUCUAGGCAUAGCCAGGUCCAAUUUUUGUUAUUAAAAAAAAUAAAAAAAAUAAAUAAAAUAUAUAUAUUAUAAUUAUUUUAUUUUAUACUAGGGAGCUAAGAUGGAGGUGCUCCAGGAUUUCUGCAUUUGUUUUUCCAGAUUUUGCAAGAAAACACAUUUGCUAUAGGUAGAGGAUAAAUAAACAGAAUAUUAAAAUUUCUUGGCAGUGACCAUCCCUAUUCAAAGAAACUCGUUCUAGCAUGAAGUAGUUGCAACUGAAAUAAUUGUCCACUUUUUUUAAACUUAUUUUUUAAUUUAUUUAUAUACCCCCACAGUCAUGUAUACACAAUCUUAACUAUUGCAAAUUACCCUGUAGUAGCUGGCCAGAUAGCGGACCAUUAUAGUGCCACAUCCAACACAGCUGCAUGGUCGGCAAGGAGUUCUAUAGAGCUCCUUUCCAGUCAGUGGUCUGCACUGAGCCAGUGGUGCAGAUCUACCUCACAGCCACUGUGACCACCUAGGAAUCAAGAUUAGAGCCCAAUCACUGCAGAAAAACUAGGCAGAAAGAGGGCUUAGAUUUAAAAAAAAAAAAAAAAAAAGGGGGGGGGGGGGAAAUUAGCUGCAAUUUGUGAAGAGGCUGGAGAGAGAAAUACAGCCUCUCCGCAGAUUAUCUACCCACUAAUUCACCCUGUUACAUAACCCCUUCACACACAGGCAACCCCAAGAGACAUAUACAAAUCUAAUAUUGUGUGCAAAAAUAUACUUGGUAUCCUUUUAGGGGCUUUAAUAUGCCAAUUCAUAUAAACUGUAUCUUUAAGAAAAAAAUGUUUUAUUUUUUUUGUUUCCCCUACUCCUUUUUAAUAUAUGGAAUUGCAUUCUUGUCUCCUAAGAUUAUGAUGUUUCCCUGUAUGCUGGAGGGCUGGAGUUGUCUACAAUGUUCUACCUACGUCCAGCUUACUGCCUAUAUGAAGAAUGGACCAGUAAGGUAGUAAAUCCAUCUGUAGCUGUCCGAGAAACUUCAACCAUUACUGUGCAAGUACAGACUGACGGUAAACCUAUAUAUCAGAAAAUAUCAUUGUGCUGAUUAGUAAGCCCAAUUUGUUUAAUGGAUUAUAGAUGCACUGUUUGUCUGUCCUUUCUUAUCUGGCUAUAACGACAUUAUCAGACUCUAUAUAUAGGAUGUUCGUAUUGUUUGGAUUGUGUAUGCAUUGCAUUACGUUAGAGUGCACCCAAAGAAAAAUGUACAAACUUAUCUAACAAAAUAAUACCAAAUAUACAUUUUUGCUCUAAAAACUCUGCAUACACAGACUGGAUACAGUAGGAAAAUAAAACCUCAAGUACUACAAUUCUACAUAACGUAUUACCUUCUGAUAGUAAAAAGAAGUCCCUCAAUAAGGAAAAUCCCUUAACCCCAUAAAAAUGAGAAAAACAAAAAGUAAAAAAAAAAAACUCUCCGAGGACCCUUAACAAAGGCUGUUUGAAGUUGAAAUGUUGGGUUGUGUGUCUUCUGUCAGAAGACACACAACCCAACAUUUCAACUUCAAACAGCCUUUGUUAAGGGUCCUCGGAGAGUUUUAUUUAUUUAUUUUUUUCUGACAGAAGACACACAACCCAACAUUUCAACUUCAAACAGCCUUUGUUAAGGGUCCUCGGAGAGUUUUAUUUAUUUAUUUUUUUUUACUUUUUGUUUUCCUCUCAUAGAGUUUGCAUAUUGUUUUGCUUAACGCACUCCACUGGUGAUUACCAUGAUCACAAAGCUUAAUUUGCCAAAUUUGGGUAUGUGUGUUGCUAUAUUUCUGUAGAUUUUAUUUUUGGGUCUACAUGUGUUUCAUCGAGUUUGUUACUGUAAUAAAGGACUAUUUGUUACUUUACUGGUGUGCAAUAGGUUUAUUUAUUUGAUAUUUCGCAUUUCUGAUUUUUAGACAUACUAGAUGUUCUCUGAAAAACCCACUAAUUCAGUGACGUGUACUACUUGCUCUUCUCAGUCUGCCAUGGAAUGAUCAAAUCUUACUUGAAAUACUCUUGGUCAUUUAAUCUUUCCAUUAAACCUUUACAUACAAUCUAAUUUUCAGUGCCAUCCCCUUAUUUUGUCUGUUUUCCCCCGAAUACCUUAGGGGUGUGUGUGUCCCCACCCCUCCAUACAAGAUUUUAGGUGUUCACCUAUAGCUCUAGAGUUCUGAAACUAUCAUCAGUGCAAAUUACUCCUACUUUCUUGAAUUCUGUUAUGAUAGGAAAAAAUGCAUUAAGGGGGCAUUCUACAACAUAGUAAAAUGAUUGUCCAUUUAGUCACUCAUUUGUUAAUACAAUUUUUUGGGGGGUAUUAUUAGGUUUCUCGAUUUGGUUUUUAAUGUGCAUGUAGGAUUACUUACCAAUGCAGUUAUGGUUCUGAGUGUACUUUUACCAGCAAAAGUCACAUAAAUUCACUUGCACGCAAAGUGUAAUACAUAGAUUUUUAUUUUUUAAUUUCCUCCACUAGGUGACAACAGUACAUAUGCCCUUCCAUCUGGAUUUAGUGUCCCACAGUGUAGACCAUUAUUUGAUGAUCUUCAAUCGACAGGACCAGAUGCUUAUUCGGCUGGACCGUAUAUUAACACCCUUGAUAAAAGUCGUGUCCAAAGUAUUCUGCCAGGGCAUGCUUACAGGUAAGGUGAAAAAAGUGGAAUUAAUUAUGCAGGUCAUUUUGUGAUAGUACAGAACUUUCUUCCCAGUCUCCAAUAUAUCCCCAACUAACUUCAGUUUCCAUAAAAGUAAAUUUGUGCACAUCUUGGGACAAGGAACUUUACAAGUUAUAGUGACCGCACCAUAGAGACCUUGUUCACUUUCUGGACUUUUGUUUCACUGUGGUCUUGAUGACUCACAACGUGGUAGAAGCAGCAGUAGUCAGGGAUUCAACUGUGAAACCAUUUCAGCCACCCAGCUAUAUUGCUUUUGGUGAGAUAUUACUUAUCUUGCGGUCCUGUCCUUCCCCCCACCCCCCCAUUCAAAUAUAAUUAUUUUUUCUGGUGUCCUGCAUCCAGUAACACCAGUGACCUCUCCCUUGAAGCACAGUGUGAGUGAAUCAUUAAACCUCCUCGCACUAUGUGGAGGGCACUAGGAUCUUUCAAUGAAUGCUACAGUAAUUCUCUCUCCAUGGUCUUCUAUGUUUGAUGUGAUGAGAGGGACUGUCAGUGUGCCUUUCCAGGCAGGCCCACCCAUCAGGAUUGGGGCUAUGCACCACAGGCAGGUGUUGUUCUGCCUUAUAAUGCAUGGAGGAUUGGGUCUUCCCAUUUGUACAUGUAUUAUGUUGCUGUGCAAUUGUCAUAGGUGGUCCUAUGGCACGCCUCCCUGAGGGAAUGGUGCUCGGUGAAUUUGGAGUCCAGCCUAAUGGGCUUUGACCUUCCACAGUUUUAUAUUUGGCUCGACAACACACUAGGCUUUCCUUAGGAUGACCUGCCCAACUAUCAUUACAUCUAUCGCGUUAUAAGACAGAGGAAAUUUGUCCUUGUCUCCACUCCCUCCCCUAAAUUACAGAACAGAGAGUGCUCCUCCACCCCCUUCCCAGAUAUGGUCAGGAUGCUGCACUGAAAUACCCUAAAUGAUCAAACCCUUCUCAAGCUACGUGAUGUAAGGGAGAAACAAAUAUUCCGUAUCAUCGGUCCACAGUAACAUUUUCAUUUCAAAACAAAGUCUUUGUUUCCGUCACCUUAUUCAAUUACUGAUUUUUCUGUCAAACUACAUCAGCUUCUUUUGGAAUCUUACAGCACAGAAUUAGUUUUCUACCCCCUCCGUUAACUCAAUCAAUAAAUCCAGAAAAGGAUGCAUAAUUACACUGAACCAAGUGUUCAGUUUGAUUUUUGUUUACGACAUCCAUAUUGAUUCAUGCUGAUCUUUCAACCUUCCGUCAUCCGCUUAUUUUAGAUCAGGUUACUAAUUAAAAGCGGAUGGUGAUAUCUAACUUUUGUGUAUGCCCUUCUUUUCAAUGUACUAUUUGAUUAGUGCGUCCACCUAGUUAGAACACAGUUGGAAGGGAAAAAAAUGUACACCCACCCCAUCAUUCUUCUCUGCUUUAUUUUAGAUUCCGCUUUGUAUUACUGAAUGCUGCCAAUGCUGAAAUGGCUUACACCAAUUGGUCAAGGCCUUUUUACACUAGAGGUUAGUCCAAUCAAAUUUUAUUUAUUUUUAUAUAUAAUAUAUAUAUAUCUAUAUCAUUUUAUUUAUUUAUUUAUUUUUUUAUUCCUAAAAUAUGCAGUGUAAAGGGGCACUAACAAAAGUCACCCUAAGAUCUAUAGAAUGGUAAUGUCCUACAUAUUUUUUUUUUUUUUUUUUUUAAAUUAAGGAAAUAAAAUGAUAAAAUAAAUAAGUUCUUCUAUGAUAGAGAUGAAGAUGCCAUUGUGAGUUUCAAAAUUCCUUGUUCAUACAUGUUCUGAUCUGCUGACUACAGUAGAGGUGAACCAAAGACUUUACAAUAAAGGGUAGAUUUGCACAUGUAAGAAAAUUAAUUUAUUUUCUCACUGUGCAGUAAGUUGCUUAUCAGUGCUGCCAUUUACAAAAAACACAUUUUACAUAUCCCAACCUUCUUACAGGCUGCAUCAUAUAACUUUAUUCACCAAAACCAUGUUCUCUCAUUGAGCGUGUAAUAGUGCCUGCAUUCUGCUGGUAAAGUCCUUCCAUUCAGUUUUGAGCAGUUUAACACUGAAAUUAUGGUAUUUGGUCACCCGUGGUGCAGCCCCUACUGGAGAUUGCACACUUCCUUCUAGCCAGACAAAUUCAUACCAACAGUGGUUGCUGUGAUUGGCCGAAAAGUGGCUCUAGCAGAGGAGAGGGGAAGGGCUGUUGGGGACUGUUGUUCAACAAUAAAAAUACUUUAGUGCUAAAUUGAAGGAUGGCACCAGACUCUCUAAACCCCUUCAAAUAAGAUGUAGCAGUUUCAGGGUCCCUUUAAAUGUGAUAUUGACCCCAAUCUAUGUGCAGAUUUUUAUUUAUGUAAUAUUUGUGUGUACUGAAAAGUAUAUUUAAGAUGGGAAAAUGGGUGCCAAUUCUUUCCCCCAACGUUUUUUUUUUUUUUUAUGCUGUAUUAAAUUUGUAUUUUAUUUCAGAUUUGCCAAAAAGCCCCAGUGACAUGUAUGUCUCCUUAACUGGACGUUCCGGGGGAAUGGUUGUAAUCACUGUACUUCUCAGCAUUGCCAUGUUUAUUCUCCUAGUUGGGCUUGCACUUGUUUUUGGUACAAGAAAACCCUAG